GACUAGCCCCUCUACCGGCUGGGAGCUCCGGAGGAGCCAAGCGCAAAGGAGAGCCCCAGCGCGGGCGGAAAGCGGGGAGCGGCCGGCCGGAGCGGGGCACUGCGGAGAGGAGGGCCGGACCGGGCCGCCCCAAAGGACCGAUGCGCCGGGUGGGGCGCUGGCCCCGGAGGGCGUGAGCCGCCCGCAGAUUGAGCAACUUGGAAACCGGCGGGCGGAGCGCGGGCGCGCUGGGCGCCCAGGACAGUUCCGCGGCGGGCGGGUGAGCUGGCCGCGCCCUCGCCCCUCCCGGGCCUGCCCCCGCCGCGGCUGGCAGCGCGGAGGUUGGUUUUUGGAGGUGUCCCUGCUGAAGUGACAGAGUUCUCCCAUGUGACACCCCGAGGUGCCUUUGAGGAAAGUUCUCUGGACCUCUUACGGGCUGAUGAAGAAGUGGGCUUCCCACACCCUCUUUGUCUCCAGCUGAGAUUAUGGUGGAUUUGGGAUACAGGGUGGAUUUGGGAUACAGCCCAGGCCUGGGCCUCCUGCUGCUGACCCAGCCCCGGAGGCGUUAGCAAGAGCCCUGUGCCGUCCACAAGCGCCCCCCCACCCCGAGACCACCCCUCCUACCAGGGGCCUGGAGCUGGCGAGUGACUAUGCGGCUUGGGCUGUGUGUGGUGGCCCUGGUUCUGAGCUGGAUGCAUCUCGCCGCCGGCAGCCGGGGGAUCAAGGGGAAGAGGCAGAGGCGGAUCAGCGCCGAGGGGAGCCAGGCCUGUGCCAAAGGCUGUGAGCUCUGUUCGGAGGUCAACGGCUGCCUUAAGUGCUCGCCCAAGCUGUUCAUCCUGCUGGAGAGGAAUGACAUCCGCCAGGUGGGCGUUUGCUUGCCAUCCUGCCCUCCUGGAUACUUCGAUGCCCGCAACCCCGACAUGAACAAAUGCAUCAAAUGCAAGAUCGAGCACUGCGAGGCCUGCUUCAGCCAUAAUUUCUGCACCAAGUGUAAGGAGAGCUUGUAUCUGCACAAGGGCCGCUGCUAUCCCGCCUGUCCCGAGGGCUCUGCGGCUGCCAACGGCACCAUGGAGUGCAGCAGCCCGGCACAAUGUGAAAUGAGCGAGUGGUCUCUGUGGGGGCCGUGCUCCAAGAAGAAGAAGCUCUGUGGCUUCCGGAGGGGCUUGGAGGAGCGAACGCGGAGGGUGCUCCAGGCCCCUGGGGGAGACCACGCCAUCUGCUCCGACACCAAGGAGACCCGGAGGUGCACUGUGCGGAGGACGCCCUGCCCCGAGGGCCAGAAGAGGAGGAAGGGUGGCCAGGGCCGGCGGGAGAACGCCAACAGGAACCCCAGCCGGAAGGAGGGCAAGGAGGCGGGCACCGGUGCUCGGAGACGCAAGGGCCAGCAGCAGCAGCACCAGGGGACAGUGGGGCCGAUCACCUCUGCGGGACCCACCUAGGGACACCAUUCAGCCUCUGGGCCCAUGUAGAAAGAGUCCAGCACUGCUCUGUGUGAUGACAGCUUUACCGAACCCGAGCCCUGGGAGCAACAUGUACACACACUCUCCGUACAUAGAGGGACACGCAGAUACAGACACACAGACCCUAUGUCCAAAGGUGUUACUGACAUACAUGCAAAAGUGUGCACGUGUGCGCAUGCGCACACACACAGACAUAUACACACACACACACAAUCGAAGCUACGGGAAGACACUUCUAUUCCUCGGACAUCACUGAGUGAGCGGGGCAGGGAGGCAGAGGGGGCAUCUCUGCCCGAAAUAAGGCCCAGAGGCACACACUUUGGUUUGUGAUGCUCCCAGGCAACGUGUCAGAGAGAACGUUUUCCAGCGUCCAAGCCCAAACUCUGCAGAGUGGAGCUUUCUGCAGGAGCUGCUAGAACCAGCCUGGUGUGGCAGACAGGAGCCAAAGUUCAAGGACUGUUCAGCCUCUCCAGCUGUGUGACUUUAUCCUUGGAGAGUAUUGUUACACACCCAUGAUCCACAUCAGGGCUUUCCUGACUCUGAAAACUGCUUAAAGGUUUAUUUCAAAUUAAAAAUGACUACCAAAUGACAA